AUGACUGCUAUGUAUGCAGUCCUCCUCCAUCUCACCUCCUCCUACCCCCCCCAGAAGAGCUCCAGAAGGAGGAGAAGCACCAGGAAGCACUCGAGGACGACAAGGAGGAGAAGAAGAGGAAGGAGAAGAGGAGGAGGAGCAGGAGACGAAGGCCACCUCAGGGGAGGGGGUGGGCGGCUGGAGAAGGCCCAGCCGGGGGAGGGGGAGGAGGAGGUCCUGGGGAGGGGGGAGGUCCGGCUGGGGUACGAGCUGGAGGACGAGGAGGAGGAGGAGCGGGAGCGGGAGCUGGAGGAGCUGAAGCAGGUGGUGCAGCUGCUGCUGGAGCUGGAGGCCACGCGGGAGGUGGCCCAGCGGCACGAGGAGACCUUCCUGGAGCUGCAGGGUCUGUUGGAGGACGAGCGUCUGGCCACUGCCCAUCAGGCCGAGAGCUUCACCAGACAGAUCCACCGUCUGCAAGCCCAGCUGCGGUCGGUGCGUGAGGAGCUGUCUGCGCUGGAGGAGGACAGGGAGGCGGAGGUGGCGGAGGCCCAGGAGGAGCUGCGGGUGGCCCAGGAGGAGGUGGUGCUGCUGCAGCAGGCGGCGGACGAGGCGGCGGGGGAGCGCGAGGGCGACAUCGCCUCGCUGCAGGAGGAGCUGUGCCGGCUGCGGGCCGAGCUGCAGCGGCUGAGGGCCGCCUCCCAGGGCCACGAGCUGGAGGUCGCCGCGCUGAGGGCCGAGGUCGCCGCGAGGGGCCGCGCGGCCGGGGGGCCGGAGGGGCCCGACGGCGCCAUGAGUCAGCUGAAGGAGGAAUACCGCUCCCUGAAGGAAGACUGUCAGUCGUUGGCCAACAACAACCUGGAGCUGACCAGCAGACUCAAAAAGCUGCAGCAGGACCAGGCGCAGCAGCAGGGCAGCCGCGCUGACGACGUCUACAUGGCCCUGAAGGAGGAGCCCUCCGACGCCGAGGACCUGGUGAAGACCGACGGCUACAUCACCUUGUCCCAGGCCGAGCCCCCCCGCCAGGCCGUGCCCCCCCGCCAGGCCGCGCCCCCCCGCCAGCCCGACGCCCGGCCCGCCCGGGACCCCCCCAGCACCCCGGCGGGGGGGGACGGCCAGGAGGUCAGCGCUCUGAAGGCCCAGCUCCGGGAGGCCGAGGAGAGGGCGCGGGAGGUCCAGAGAGAGUGUGAGGGGCUGAAGGAGGAGCUGGUGGAGCUACAGACGCUGUACGACAGCAGUCAGCGCGAGAGGGCGGGGCUUGACCGGGAGCUGCGCUGCUGCAGGGCGGAGCUAGAGGAGCUGGUGGGGCGCACGGUAAAGAACUGUUCUCUUUCUCCUCCUCCUCCACCCGAGCCCCCAGCCCUCUCCGUCCCCUUCAUAGGAAUGAUUGUAAUAGUGGCCUUGAUAUGGUGCUGUUGGGAGGAGCUGGCGUCCUAGAGAGGGGGUGGGACCAGGGGAACAAGAGCGAGAGCUGGCAUCUGGCGGUGGCGGGGGCGGUUGCCAUGACAGCCGUGGUCGCCCUAGUGGUCUCUGGCAUCAUGCGGGCGGUGGCGUGAGCGCACGGCUAACGGAACUUUCCGGCAGCGCGACAGAGUGCUCUUUUUUUUUUCUUCAUUUUUUUCUUUGUCACACAUUUUUUCAAAGCUACGUCGCCGCAUCAUGCUAUCGGCGCUUCAUGCUAUCGGCGCUUCAUGCUAAACAGCGCAAAUUGCUCCAAUAGGCUACGCGGCGCUAACCGCUAACAUAGGCUACUACACAUGGCCCCCCCGAGCCUUCCAGCGUCUCACGCCAGUCUUCCCGAUGUCGUCUUCAGCCCGCAGCGUAGGGGUCAGUGUGUUAUGUCGUGAGUGAACGUGUGGUAGAAGUAUGCUAGGAGGGAUUAUUAGCUCAAUUACAACAAGUGUAUGAUAGACUUUAUAUGUAGGCCUAUAAAUAUAUAUAUAUUGUAGGAUAAAACUUGUUUAUAUGAUUUUACAAAGCUGUACACAAUUUAUUUAUUUUUAGCAGUAAGUAAUUACCGGGUGUCAUUACAGUUAGAGUUAUGGUUGUUGAAGCAACCCAUGGUUCGCCUUAUUUUGCUUUAAUGAAUUACAUCACACUUAUGAUGGAUAUAGCCCAGAAGGCCUUCUCGUUAAAUUAAAAUACUGUGGAGUGUGAAGACUUAAGGAAAUGUUCCAAAAACUGUUACUUAUCGUGCUAUGGUGUAUAAAUCCCUACCCCUCUCUAAUCGUUAUAAAUCGGCAAUUUAUAAUCCCCUCAGCCUAAAGAACAACAACUCUUGCUAGAGCUAAUAUUUAUAGCAAGUACUAACCGCAACAAAUUAAAGAAAGCGAUUUUUUUUUAAAGCUUUAUAAAGUCUCCAGUCUGUAGCCUAUAGGCCUACUGGAAUUCGCUAGCCCGGUUUUUGGAGGGGAAAUGCAGGGGAAUACGAAAAUGCUUUUAAUAAACAGAAUUCACUGUCAGCUUAAAGAGUAGCACUGUCCCCGUUUCUAAGGUUAUUUGCGCGUAGAUUUUCUUGAAUAUAUGCCUUUUAUUAUCUCUUUUUGCGUCACAUCUGACGUAUUUUGGCACUAGGCCUACUAGAGUAUAGGUUCAUUGCGUACCUACCUACGCAACAGUCAAACUCUCAAUAAGGCCAAUCUGUUUGUACUCAAUUCGACCACUAGAGGGUGUAAUUUGGCGCCAGGUUUGUCUGGGAACAUAAAUACCGCUAACUUCACGUUUGUGUUUUAGAUGUUAAAUUGAAAAAAAAUAUAUAAUAAUCAAAUUCAUACAUUAAACAUACAAGUGUGGCGUGACUUAAGCUU